AUGCCCGCCCGCAAGAGCAACGCCUCCGCGGCCGCCGACGAAGAUACCGGCCUCAGCGUCGAGGACCUCAAUCUCCCCAAGACCAUGGUCAACCGCUUGGCCAAAGGCGCGCUUCCCCCGAACUUCAACGUCCAGAGUGUCGCCCAAUCGGCCAUCUCCAAGAGCGCUACCGUCUUCGUGAACUACCUUACCGCCCAGACCGUUCCGCUGACCACCGUGAACCUCCACAGUGCCAGCGACAUCGCCGCGCGCCAGAACAAGAAGACGAUCCAGCCCAAGGACGUGCUAGACGCGCUCAAGGAGCUCGAGUUCGACAUGUUCAUCGACCGCACCAACAACGAGCUGAACAGUAUGUCCCCCCUCCUGCUCUACACCCCAUCCGCCUUGAAACUAACCACUAACCCUCCUCCCUCCUCCCUCCCAACAGAAUACCAAGAAAUCCAAUGCACCAAACGCAACACCUACCGCCGCCGCGUCAAAGACGAAAAGCGCGCCGCCGAAGCGCAGGCCACGACCAACGGCGACGACGCCGACGUCAGCACCAGCACUCCCCUCGGCGGCGCUCCCGCCGCCGCUCUUGGUGUUGGUGCCGCCGGCGCAGCCGCUCUCACAGCCACCGCGCUCGCCACGGCCAACGGCGGCAGCGCCAGCAAUGCGCACCUCGACGAGAACGGCGAGCCGGCGGCGAAGAAGGCGCGCGUGGACGAGAGCGGGGACCACGACAUGAUGGAGGACGACGAGGGCGAGGACGAGGAAGAUGAGGAGGAAGAGGAGCAGGAGGAGGAAGAGGAAGAAGAGGAGGAGGAUGAGGAGGAAGGAGACGAAGACGAGGAGGGGAAGGGGGAUGAGGAGGAUUUGCUGGAGGAGAAGGCGGCGAGAGAGGAUGAGGACGAGGCGUUGGAUGGGGAGGAGAGCGACUGA